AUGGCGUCCAGAAGUCCACAGCGUCCUCUGCGAUCCAAAAGCAACGGCAGCACCACUCCUACCAUACCAGAAACCAAACCAGUAUCAUACACACCCAAAUGCACACCCGAGGAAUACAUCAAAGCUAUCGCUCACCAUUCUCAGCAAUCCAGUGCCGAGACGUUAUACCCUGGGGACAUCUAUGAUACCCUAACACAGUUCCUGGAGCUGAAGCCAAACAUUCUACCAAACACUGCAAACUGUCCACCGUCCAGUGAUUUUGCUUGGCUUAUCAGCCCUGGCCAGUCUGGUCAGCAAGCUUCGUCAGACAGGCAGUCUCUGUCAGAAAGGCACUCGAUCUCGGAAACAAAUACCAACCAGAGACAGCUUGAGGGAUUCACGGAUCCAGACUCGUGUAUAGAGGCCCUGAGAAGUAAAAUCGAGAUAUCACAUCCGCAAAUACUGUUUCUACGAGGCCAUCCUUCGCCGAGUUGGCUUUCCAAGAUUGGCGCCUUUUGUUACGUCGACCCUGAGCUAUUUCGCUGGUUUCUCAGAUAUCGCGCCGGACCAGGGAGCGAUUAUUAUUUUGAUUCCGCUCCUUCUACGAUGAGCAACAUAUUCCGCUUCAAAUUCUUUACCAUCGGAUCUAAGAAUCGUCUAUAUCGAUCGUCCCAGCGGGAGAUAGACGCCUUGCGCCGAAAGGCAGCCAACGAGUUCCAGAGGUACCAGGCUGAGAUAAAGGGAAAUUGGGCUUUGAAACCAGGAGACUCGAUUGUGCGGAAUUUCCACGUACUGGAUGAACGGCAUUGCCUUAUCGAACAAGAGAUCGUGAUCUCGAUAUUCGAUGUGGGAAAAACAUGGAUGGCUAUUGCCUGCACGGAUGCAGGGCAUGACCUCGCCCAGGGACCACGAUUUCCCUGGCUCACGACUGGGGUGGAAUCAUUGCCUAUCACCCUCCUCCCAAUCUUUCAGUACAGACCGAAAUGUGCCUUGAAGUCUCGCAGUAUAAACAAUGGCACCGCUGAGCCAAAGAAAGGGAGGAAUACCCAAAGUCUCGCCGUCUUUCCAGAAGACUAUGGGCGUGGUCUGGAUUGGUCGCUCGCAAAAUCCGACCGUUUCCAUAUCUUGUCCGAUCUAUUCAGACUAGCUGCAUUCUCUCAAAAGCAGCUUCUUAAUGUUAUGAAAGAAAAAAUCACGACUGAAACGAAUCGCCUGUCUCUUGGGAAUGAGAAUCCAACAUUGGCUAAUCUGCUCUACUUUCGGGAUAUCCUGCAAGACCAACUGAGCAACAUAUCGCAUAUGCUGCAGUUGACAAAUAACCAGAACAACAUCCUCCAAAACGGUCGUCGGCCCUCUAUUAUCAUAUCGACUGACCAGAGAGGUGUAACCGAUUACGCCGUGGCUGAAGCGCAUGCUCUAUUCGAAGAUCUGCACUCGCAGGCACAGUCGCUCCAGGAAAGGUGCACUCAAGAAAUGACUGUCAUUAGUAACAACAGCAUGCUCGCAGAGUCUGAGCGUGCCAUUCAACAGGCGAAGUCAAUUACAAAACUCACAAUUGUUGCUUUUGUGUAUCUGCCAUUCACGUUCACGGCUGGGUUCUUUGGUAUGAAUUUUAAGGAGCUGGGGAGUGGUACUAUUCCUCUAUGGAUCUUUUUUGCUGCCUCUUUGCCGCUGAUGCUUGUCACUAUGGGCAUUUUUGCGUUGGAUGCGGAAACGAUCAGGAGAGUCUUGCGAGUCUUGCGUAUUGCGUAUCGGGAACCACCGUACCUGGCUUGA